UGCCUCAUCUGUUUACAUCUCAUUGCGUCGCGUCAGCUUUCAACUUUUUCAUGAUUAGCGCCUCCAUCUUUAAUCCCGAUCGCUGUGGCGGUGGCAAAUCAGCUCCUACCUAGAUUCUUCCGGUGCACUCAACGUCUGAAUAAGAAAAAAAAAGUGCCUUUAUCAGUACAACGCUAGUGCAGUGAAUUUAAAAGUACAAUUUGAAAAGAAAUAAUCAUGAUCGAAAUCACCCGGCCGCUGCGGGAGUUUCUCGUGCUAAAACCAUUUGACACGACCAACAUAGUUUGGCGUCUUCACAGCCGAUACACCGUGGUCUUGCUGAUAUUGUUCACCAUUCUGCUGUCGGCUCGAACGUACUUUGGCGAACCGAUCGAGUGUUUCAGCCCGGCAUCUCCGGUAGCAAGAUCAAGCCUACACAGUUUCUGCUGGACUCUGGGAACUUACAUUAGUCGGGAUCCAAUGUUUGUUGAUGCCAGCUGGGACUUCAUCGAGAUCGGAACAAAGAUGGGCCACAUUCCUAAAAAUGAAAGGGUGUAUCAGAAGUACUACCAGUGGGUUCCGUUUUUGCUGGCAAUUCAGGCGUUCCUGUUCUCAUUUCCCAAGCACCUGUGGCGGUUCUGUGAAGGCGGACGUUUGGCCGAAUUAAGCAAUGAUUUGAAUUCUAUUUUCCAACCGGAAGCUUGGACACGGAAGCGUAAAUGUCAAACGCUGCUCUAUCUGACUCAGGAAUGUCGCCGGCGACACACCAAAUAUGGACUGAUUUUCGUUGGAUGUGAGAUUCUCAACUUUAUUGUCCUUCUGCUGAACAUGCUUCUGAUGAAUUUCAUCUUCGAUGGCUUUUGGCCCAACUACACGCCGGCCAUUAAAGCCCUUAUGGCAUUGGAUAUGAAUUCAUGGGUAUUCUACAAUUCUCUGGUUUUCCCAAAGUUGGCCAAAUGCGAUUUCAGCUACAUUGGUCCCAGUGGAUCGAAACAAACUCUGGAUGCACUUUGCCUUCUACCGCAUAAUAUUGUCAACGAGAAAAUCUUCGCCUUCCUGUGGCUAUGGUUCAUCGUAUUGGCCGUCGUGUCCAGUAUGCAGUUGUGCUAUCGGCUGGUACAGCUUUGCUGCCAAAGCGUUCGAUUCCAGUGUCUGUUCAGCCUGUUGGAUCCAAUCAGUUAUCACCGGUUGAAGCGCGUCGUCCGGGAAGCCAAUAUUGGACAUUGGUUCCUGUUGUAUCAGAUGGCUCGGAACAUGAACAAGGGCGUGAUGCGGGAGAUCAUUCGGGAUCUGUCCCGCAUUGACCAGGAGAUUAAUAUGUCCAAACAGAGCGUGAACGAACUGCAGUUUGGAGUGGAAGCGGAGAAGGAACCGGAGGAAAUCGAAGAUGACGAAGACACGGUUUGAUGGGAGAUCGGUUUGCGACUAUAAUAGCAGUGAUAGCCGCCAAGAGGAAAAAUACCUUAUUCGAUUGAAGUAUUAUUGAGUUUCUGUUGUGUAUUAAUUGAAUUGGUGAAGGGAUUUUCUUUUAUAUUGACUUUUCAUUUAUAUGCUAAUUUAAAAGGCAUACUAUUGUACUUAUGUACAUAUUCCAUUUUCCGAGCUACAUAGAGGAAAGAUCUAUUGCAAAUAAAAACAAAUAACAUCUCAGUGGC